GUAGUUUUAGCUUAUACUAUCGUGUUUAAUAUACUGUGUCAAACAAGCUCAUGUUGAGUAAAAAUCAAAUUUAUUUUUCUCUUGUCAAAGAAAAAAAAAUCAUAAAUCAAAACACGCCUGCCGGACGAGCAGUAUAUAUAUACACACACGUAUCUCUCCCAAUUCAGCCAUUGCAACACGGGCAAAGUUUCUGUACGUUCUGCUGGGGUCGAAACCAAACCUUCAUUAAUAUUCUCAGCAUUCCUUACCCAUCACUCUUUCCGUUAAUAUUUGAUCUUAAAAGGGAGAGAUUCGCAUCGAUGUGGAAGUUGAAGAUAGCAGAAGGAGGAAAAGGGUUGGUUUCUGUGAGCAAUUUCAUCGGAAGGCAACACUGGGUGUUCGACCCAAAUGCAGGGACACCACAAGAACAUGAGGAGAUUGAAAGGAUGCGCCAAGAAUUCACCAAAAAUCGAUUCUCCAUCAAACAAAGUGCAGACCUCUUGAUGAGAAUGCAGCUGAGAAAGGAGAACCCUUGUGGGCCCAUCCCACCAGCAGUUAAAUUGAGAGAUGUGGAAAAGGUAACUGCAGAAGCAUUGAUCACUACAAUUAGAAGGUCCAUCACCUUUUAUUCUUCAAUUCAAGCCCAUGAUGGCCACUGGCCUGCUGAAUCUGCAGGCCCAUUAUUCUUCGUUCAACCUUUGGUAAUGGCACUGUACAUUACAGGAUCCCUUGAUGAUGUAUUAGGACCUCAACACAAGAAGGAAAUUAUUCGAUAUUUGUAUAAUCAUCAGAACGAAGAUGGGGGUUGGGGAUUCCACAUAGAGGGUCAUAGUACCAUGUUUGGAUCUGCAUUGAGCUACAUUGCAUUGAGGAUACUUGGACAAAGCCUUGAAGAUGGUGAGGACAUGGCAGUGGCCAGAGGCAGAAAAUGGAUCCUCGAUCAUGGCGGUUUAGUAGCUAUUCCAUCAUGGGGAAAGUUCUGGGUCACGGUGCUAGGGGUUUAUGAGUGGUCAGGGUGCAAUCCCCUUCCACCAGAGUUCUGGCUUCUACCCAAAAUUUUCCCUAUUCAUCCAGGGAAAAUGUUAUGUUACUGUCGCUUAGUUUACAUGCCCAUGUCAUAUUUAUAUGGAAAGAAGUUUGUAGGCCCAAUCACUGCCUUAGUCAGAUCACUAAGAAAAGAAUUGUACAAUGAGCCUUAUGAUCGAGUUGACUGGAAUAAGGCCCGCAACACUGUUGCUAAGGAGGAUCUAUACUAUCCCCAUCCUCUAAUCCAAGACAUGUUAUGGGGAUUUCUUCAUCAUGUGGGAGAGCGUGUUCUGAACACUUGGCCAUUUUCAAUGCUAAGACAGAAGGCAAUAGAAGUUGCUAUUAAUCAUGUACGUUACGAGGAUGAGACCACUAGGUACCUUUGCAUUGGAAGUGUAGAGAAGGUGUUAUGUUUGAUUGCGCGUUGGGUUGAAGACCCCAACUCAGAGGCUUACAAACUUCAUUUAGCUCGAAUCCCUGAUUACUUCUGGCUUGCAGAAGAUGGCUUGAAAAUCCAGAGUUUUGGCUGCCAAAUGUGGGAUGCAGCAUUUGCUAUUCAAGCAAUACUGAGUGGUAAUGUGAGUGAAGAGUAUGGACCAACAUUAAAGAAAGCACACCACUUUGUGAAGGCUUCGCAGGUACGUGAAAACCCAUCCGGUGACUUCAAAGCAAUGUACAGACACAUUUCCAAAGGGGCAUGGACAUUCUCAAUGCAUGAUCAUGGAUGGCAAGUCUCUGAUUGCACAGCAGAAGGACUAAAGGUUGCACUCCUACUGUCAGAAAUGUCAGAUGAUCUAGUUGGGGCAAAAAUGGAAACAGAGCAAUUCUAUGAUGCUGUUAAUGUCAUCCUCUCUCUACAAAGCAGCAAUGGUGGUUUCCCUGCUUGGGAGCCUCAAAGAGCCUACCAAUGGUUAGAGAAAUUCAAUCCAACUGAAUUCUUUGAAGAAACUCUGAUUGAGAGGGAGUAUGUAGAGUGCACUGGUUCAGCAAUGCAAGCCCUGGCUCUUUUCAGAAAGCUAUACCCGAAGCAUAGGCGAAAGGAAAUAGAUCGCUGCAUUUCCAAAGCAAUCCGUUACAUUGAAAACACACAAAAUCCUGAUGGGUCUUGGUAUGGUUGCUGGGGAAUUUGCUACACUUAUGGUACCUGGUUUGCAGUGGAAGGACUAACAGCUUGUGGGAAGAACUUCCAAAAUAGUGUUACCUUGCGUAGAGCAUGUAAAUUUUUGUUGUCAAAGCAGCUUCCUAAUGGAGGGUGGGGAGAAAGUUACUUGUCAAGCCAAGACAAGGUGUACACAAACAUUGAAGGAAAACGUGCAAAUUUGGUUCAAAGUUCAUGGGCUUUGUUGUCACUUAUGCGUGCUGGGCAGGCUGAGAUAGAUCCGACACCAAUUCACCGUGGAAUAAGGUUACUCAUUAAUUCACAAAUGGAUGAUGGAGACUUCCCACAACAGGAGAUUACAGGAGUAUUUAUGAGGAACUGUACCCUAAACUACUCAUCAUAUCGAAACAUCUUUCCUAUAUGGGCUCUUGGAGAGUAUCGUCGCAGAGUCUUAUGUGCAUGAUGAUCACCAAAUGCCUCAACUUCACUUCCAUCAAGUUAUUGUACACAUCAAUUUAUACAAGUGUUUAAUUUCUAUUUCAGUCAAUUACAUAUUUACCUGUAACUAGUAAAGUACAAAUAAACAUUUCCAGUGUUCAGUGAA